AACGAGUGUCUUUUCAGCAAUGGAGGAUGCAGUGGCCGGUGCUGUAACACUAUUGGAAGCUUUUAUUGUAAAUGUGAUGAAGGGUUUGAACUUGCCAUGGACGGAUUCAGUUGUAGAGAUAUUGAUGAGUGUGAACAGAACAAUGGAGGCUGUCAACACACCUGCCGUAACACGCAUGGAAGUUUCGAGUGUGAAUGCCCCUUCGGAGAACGACUCAACCCCGAUGGCGUCACCUGCACCCCUCAAGAUGGAUGCGCGAUCAACAAUGGAGGAUGUCAGCACCAAUGCCUGUCACAUCCUUACGGUCAUUUCUCGUGUCAGUGCCACGCCGGAUAUAGACUGUCCGGUGACGGAAGAUCAUGUCAACCAUCAAACCCAUGUGCAAUCAACAAUGGAGGAUGCGAACACACCUGCCUUAACAUGGGAGAUAGAGCCUUCUGCAACUGCAACACAGGUUACAGGUUAGCGCAAGAUGGACGUAGAUGUGAAGAUAUUGACGAAUGCGCUACCAGGAACCAUGUUUGCCAGCAGGAGUGUACCAACACCGUUGGAUCAUACAGAUGUAGCUGUGUUACCAACUACAUGCUGGAAGCUAAUGGCAGGACAUGUAGACUGCAAGCAAUAAUCGACAUUGAGGCCAUUGAUCCAUGUGAGAACCAUCAGUGUCAAUACAACUGCACCAUGAAAUGGAAUCGACCUGUUUGCACCUGUCCUAUUGGUUAUGAGCUCUCCCCUGAUCAGAGAACCUGCCAAGAUAAAAAUGAGUGUAACAUUGGUCAACAUUGUUGUGCGGCCACUCACACAUGUAUCAACACAGAGGGCAGCUAUACCUGUCUUUGUCGGCCAGGAUUCUUCCUCAGCGAUGAUCAGUGCAGCUGUAUAGACGUUGACGAAUGUGCCCAACGAAGCAGUCAUGAAUGUGAACAGCAAUGUACCAACACUCAGGGAUCCUACCUUUGUGGUUGCAACGAAUCCUUUGUUCUUGGCGAGGACGGCUUCUCUUGUCAUAGAUUGUUGCUGACUCGCCCCUCUCCAUCCCCUAGCUAUCAGUUCCCUCCUAUCUACAACAGUGAGCUAAGCACCGGCCAGUUGGAACAGGGACCACAGACAAGCUUUUGUCGGGAGGGUAACUUUGGACCCCAGUGCCACUAUUCCUGUUCAGACUGCAUGAACGGGGCAAGCUGCAACCUAGAUCUAACCGGGUGUGAAUGCCUCCCAGGCUGGCAAGGAACUAUCUGCAAUGAGACUUGUCCAUCUAACUUCUUUGGUGAGAACUGUCAGCAGACAUGUUUGUGUCAGAAUGGAGGGACCUGUAAUCCUAUCACUGGUGAUUGUACCUGUCUUCCUGGGAUUGAAGGACCACGUUGUACUGAAGGUUGCCCUCCUGGCUUCUGGGGCAAGAACUGUGAACAGGAAUGCAACUGCCCAUCUGGUAUCACAUGUAAUGAACGCUGGGGAACAUGUCUCUGCAGGGCAGGCUACUUUGGGCCUCAUUGCAGUCAACCUUGUCCCGACUUCUACUAUGGUAGUAUGUGCAGUGAGCAGUGCGAUUGUCAUCCCGUCCAUUCAUUGGGAUGCGAUCCAGUCGAUGGUGCCUGCAGAUGCAAGCCAGGAUAUGAAGGAGACAGAUGUCAAAACGAGUGUCGUCUUGGGAUGUACGGUGAGCAGUGCAGACACGUCUGUCAAUGCCUGGAUGCUUCUAUGUGUAAUAAGGUCACUGGAGAGUGCAGUAGGGAAUGCUCGGCCGGAUACACUGGAGAAGCAUGCGAACGAUCUUGUGACUUUGGAAGCUAUGGAGUGAACUGCAAAUUUACCUGUCGAUGCGGAGGCAACGCCUGUAACAGUAUCACCGGAGAGUGCUUCUGUGAGGCUGGCAAGACUGGAACAAGCUGUCUAGAUGAUUGCCCUGAUGGUACUUGGGGUAUCUCCUGCAGGAGUAACUGCACCUGUACCGAAGACAAAGUCUGCGACAAGACUACUGGAGAGUGUCUCUGCCCACUUGGAUACUUUGGAGAAAACUGCAGGGAUCCUUGUCCUGAUGGACGCUAUGGUCUGAUGUGCCGACAUGAUUGCCAGUGUCAGAACGGAGCUGAAUGUAACUCAGAGACCGGAGCCUGUACCUGUACACCAGGAUGGAAGGGACAAUUCUGUACUGAUGAAUGCCCUGUUGGAUACUAUGGCAUUGGCUGUGCAACGAGAUGCACAUGUGAAAACAGUGCAGGAUGCGAUCCAGAGACAGGAGAGUGCAUCUGUACCCCCGGAUGGAGGGGAGAACAAUGUGACCAAGCUUGUGAACCUGGCUUCUAUGGUGUUAACUGUGAGAACCUCUGUAUGUGUCUGAAUAACGCUACCUGUGAUCACAUCAGUGGGACAUGUACAUGUGCACCAGGAUGGAGAGAUAGAUUCUGUGCUAAGCCUUGUCCUGAUGGUUAUUAUGGUUUGGACUGCCGUCAUCGUUGUAGCUGUGGGAACGGAGCUCAUUGCAACGCUACUAAUGGACAAUGUAACUGCCCAGCAGGCUAUACUGGAUAUGGAUGUAGACAAGAAUGCCCCGAGGGUAACUUUGGUGAGGAUUGUCGUGGAGUAUGUAACUGUGAAAACGGUGCUGAAUGUGAUCAUGUCAGUGGAAGGUGUAUCUGUCCCAGCGGCUGGAUCGGAGUCAGAUGUCAUCAACAAUGUCAGCCUGGUCGCUAUGGUAUCAACUGCCAGCAGCGUUGUAUCUGCGAGAACGGACUUUGUGACCAUGUGACUGGGAUGUGCGCCUGCGAGGCUGGAUGGGUUGGACGUGCCUGCCGACAACCCUGUGCACCAGGACACUUUGGUGUUGGAUGCCUGCAGUCUUGUACCUGUCAAAAUGGAGGGUCAUGUGAUAAGGUCAAUGGAACAUGUACAUGUGCACCAGGAUGGCAUGGAGGCAACUGUGAACUUGCUUGUUCACCUGGUUACUAUGGCGUUAACUGUGAAGAGAGAUGUCAAUGUCACAAUGGAGGUCAAUGCGACGCACAGACUGGUGCUUGUACUUGCACUAACGGCUGGAGAGGAAGGCUCUGUGAAAAACCUUGUAUCCCUGGUACUUAUGGCAGUCAGUGUGCAGAGACUUGCGAGUGUGGAGCUGAUAACCCUUGUGAUCAUAUCACAGGAGCUUGCAGGUGUCCUCCAGGCUACGCUGGAUAUGAGUGCAACUCACCCUGUCCACCCGGUACUUGGGGCCAGGAUUGUGCAGAGGUGUGUACCUGUGGACGCAAUACAGUGUGUAAUUCAGUGACCGGAGACUGUCAGUGUAAACCAGGCUUCCGGGGACACAACUGUGAAAAGGAUUGCAAACAUGGUCGAUAUGGUCCCGAUUGUCAGCACCAUUGUAGCUGUCUCAAUGGAGGCUCUUGUCAUAUGGACGAUGGUACCUGUCUGUGUCAACCAGGUUUUAUUGGUGCACUCUGCGAAAGAGCUUGCCCAGAGGGUCUGUAUGGUCAAGACUGUCAGCGUAAAUGUAUCUGCCAGAACGGUGGUACCUGUCACCAUGCUUCAGGGGUGUGUGAUUGUCCCCCUGGGUACACUGGUACCUUCUGUUCUACCAAAUGCGCAUCAGGAACCUAUGGACCAGACUGCUCACAGGUCAAGGAUUGCCAAUAUGGCGGAGUACUUGAUGUGACUUCAGGAGAGUGUCAUUGUGGACUUGGAUACACAGGAGAGCUUUGUGAUCAAGAAUGCCCAUGGGGAACUUAUGGUAUGAACUGCGAACAGGAAUGUACUUGUGAAAACGGGGCCGAGUGUGAUAGGAUGUCGGGAUGCUGCUCGUGCACAGCUGGUUUCUACGGACAAAACUGUCAAUUUUCAUGCCCAGAGGGUACCUAUGGCUCUUAUUGCGGUCGGGUCUGUGACUGUCAUAAAGACGCUACGUGCGAUCCAGUGACCGGUCAGUGUAGAUGUCCAGCUGGUAGAACUGGACCAGAAUGUAAACAAACCUGCCAGCCUGGGUUCCACGGGCCAAACUGCAUCAAUGUGUGUGCAUGCUCAAACAGAACUCAGUGCAACGCAGUCACAGGUACUUGUGAUUGCCCCCCUGGGCUUGCAGGGGAUACAUGCACAGAGGAGUGUACUCCAGGAAAGUUUGGUCCUAACUGUGCUUUCAACUGUGAUUGUUCAAAUGGUGCUACGUGUGAUACAAGGACGGGAUCUUGUAGAUGUAUAAAUAACUUUAUUGGUGCUCAAUGUGAACAUGGUGGUAUGUAUGCUUUUCCAACGCCAUCAACACCUCGUAGAGGGGACAUAGGAUCGAAUGGAUUCUAUUAACGGAAAACCAUCUCUGAAAUACAAAGACUCUGGGAAUAAAAACGUGAUUCCGGCAGCAGCAUUGUCACACCCAGCCAACGCGCUUUGGUUGAUUGUCCGAACACACCUAGUAUUUUGAUGAGCGAGAUAGAGCUGUUGGGGAACGUUUCAUGAAAAGACUUGUCGGAUGUUUCAUCCAAUGGUUACUAUAGUAACAGUAAGACACACCUGUGCUUCUCAGCCAAUCAAUACCAAGGAAAGUUGUCAGGUGACCAAUGCUGAUGAAACGCUCUCCAGGAGACGGCUUCAGUCAAAGUAUGAUUAAUGAAUAUUCAUGAUCCAGGAGGUCAACUCAGGUCAGCAUUGACAUUCUUGGUCACAAGAGGGCAGCAUUGCAUCAUUUCAUCUGGCUAUGCUGUAAGAAAAAUUACAUGGAGUCUUAAUCACAACAAACCGCAGAUCAGUCGUCUCGGCUUGAACUGAAGUUUCAAAUGGUUGUUUACUAAAGGAUAAUGAAAGGAUGUUUUAAAGUGUGUUCAUACUCCCAAGUGUAGUCCGAUAAGGCACCUUUCUGAAAGUCUUUGCCACAUCUAUUUAGCAGGAAUCCCUUUAAUUAAAUGAAGGUGCUAAGUGUUUUCACUGUGGAUUUUUCCUCAUUCCCCAUUUGUUUGUCAAAAGAAAUAAAUGUGAGAAUGAUCGAUGAAAAGACUCUGAUGGAUUCCUGCAUGACAGAUGCCUCAGAGUAAGGUGCUUUAGUGAAAUGUGUAAUUUGAGUUGUUAUGGGUGGUCACACCUGAAAGUUUAAUCCAGCUUUUGCCGCCGAACGUAGGCUCUCGCUUCCCUUUUGUUCAUUCUUUAUUUUUAUAUCAAGAAUUACCUUUUCGUUAACAACACAAAAUGAUUUCUUCAGAUAAAAAAUUGGAGGACUUUAAAUUUAGUUCCAGCAAAAGGCAAUUUUUUAUAUCAAGAAUAUGGAAUGCUAGAUAUUAAGAUAUAGGAUUAAAUGAGGUAAUGGCUUGUCAUACAUAACACUAAGUAGGCAUAUGCUGACUAAAAUUUCCAGGUUUAACAAUGAUGGUAUUCCUCUUGUGACCAAGCAAGCUCAUUCUUAUCCUCUGCUCAUACAUGUCAUCUAUCCUCAUCAUGUGAUUAUUAUCAAUCUCCCAGCAUUAUUUAUUGUACAUUGUAUGAGGUUUUCCAAAUAGCAACCAUAAAAAAAUUGGGUCACUCGCUGCAUAAAGAAAACCUCAGAAAAAUUUAAUUUGUGAUAUUCGCAUGGUACUCUUAUUAACUCGUAGCAAGGAAUAAGUUGUGCAUGAGAUUUGAUUGUUUUUAAGUUAUAAAUGUUAAUGAUAUUUCUAUGAAAUUGGAAUCAUAGAGCAACAAUGAAUGCACAAGUUUAGAAUCCUCAUCAAAUAUAAAUAUAUAUAUUCAUGUAGAUAAUGUGUCAAUGCAUACUUUGUAAAUGUGAAUAUGUUUGUAUCAAGAAUUUAACUAUUGCAUAUGGUAAAAUGUUUUACUUUUUUUUAGAGCCCAAAAUGUUUUAGUAAGGUAAAGGAAUUACAAAAAAACUUUGUGUCACAGCAUUUUCAUAUAUGAUAAAGAAAAUAAGAGAGAGAAAGAGAGGAGAGGGAGGGGGGUAGAGAGAGAAAAUAAAAGAGAGAAUGAGGGGGGGGGGUAGAGAGAGAGGAAGAGAGAGGGAGAGACAGACACACUGAGUACAGAGAGGGAUGAGAGAGAAAAAAUGGGUGUAUAUGUUUAUCUUCCAUUACAUAUUCUUUUUCUGUAGUAAUCAAAGUUAAUAAUCUAUCUCUAUGCAAAGUAAUAUAACAAUUAUGCAAUUUGCUGCAGUUACUCCCAACCAUUAAGUUAAAAAGAAAAAGAAUUACGGUUGAAGGAGAAUUGGCAAGUAGAUUUAUUUGCAAUUAUACUCCCAUGUAUAUUAUAGUUAUGAAAUCAAGGCAUUUGUUGAGAUGUGUAUCAAUAGUAUCCCAUAUUUUGUUAUAUGUAUUCAUUAGCAUCCUCCAUGUUUCAAUUGAUUCAGGUAUUUCAUGUAAUUCCAUUAUUUUCUAACUCUUAUAUUAGCUAAGAAGACAGACACUCUGCCUUUUCAGAGAUGUACUCGUGUAAAACUAUCAUAACAAAGUUCUUCUCGAACUGUAUCAAUGUAGGCACCUCAUUGCUUAUGUAUAGAAUUAAUUACUGUCUAUUUAUUCUCAAUUCAAAUCCUGUGCAUUUAACACGAUUUGUUCUUUCUGAAAGAAGAACUGUAGAUUUUUUUUUCUCUUGUUAUCAGCGGUGUUUAUCAAUGCUGUAUUGGAUUUUCUAUGAUUUAUUUGUUGUAGUGAUACAGAGGUGGAUUUUACGCUGUGUAAAGUAACAGUUAUUUAUGUGUGUGUGUAUUUGGACGACCUCUGAUGUGUAGGGUCGUUUUUUUUAUGUCAUAUUGCUUUGCUUGUUUUGUAAUUUAUAUAUGCUGACUUCAGCACCACAGAGGCUGAACGGACAGUUUGUAAGUAAGCAUCAUGAUCUAUUUUUAAACUAACUUUUUGUUAAAACAGUACAUUUCUUUAAAAGGUUGAAGAGGUGAAAUAGGGUAGAUUUUCAAAUGAAUAAGCACCUCUGCCAAAAUGUGCAACUGGCCAAUUUUUUUGAGAAAAAAAAUCAAGGUUGCCUUCAAACGAGCCAAAGAUCACGAGAAGGCUAGCUAAUAAUGAUGUAUUUCAAUUAUGUAAAAAAAAAUGAGAAUAAACCUGUGUAGAGUAUUUAACAGCAUGCCACUGCCAUUUUUUGUGUGUAUUUAUCCCAUAAUGCAUUUGGCAGUCGGUUGUAGUCACCAAUAUCAUUAUAUUCGGUUGUUAUGUUUAAACAGUAUUACAUCAAUUGUAAUAUCUUGUCGGGAAAUCAAUUCAAAACAUUUGCUCAACUUACAUCGACAAACCAGGCGGGAGACAUUGUAAGAAUGUUCUUAUUCUUCAUAUAAUCGGUCAAUUUUAAACAAUGGUGUCAUCAUUUCUAAUUUAUACUUAUUCUAAUAUAUCUAAAUAUUCAUUAGGAAUCAGUUUGUGAUAAUUAAGCUGUAGUAUUUAAGUUUUAACAAAUCAUUUCUUGUGUCCUUGACAAUUGUGGGAACUGUAUUUUCAGUAAUGUAAUAGAAGAAAAAAAAAUUAUGAAAAAAUAAGUAUUAACGCUGCUUCACUGCAUCUAUGUAAGUAGGUAUAUAUUUUGUUUGACGAUACAUGCUAGCUUUUAAUCUUUGACUCUAUCGUAAUAUUAAGAGACCAAUUUGACCAGUAGUCUUAAUCUCAGGAUGUAACAAUUAUAUAUUAGCUUCAUAAUGUUUGAAUGUUCAACUAUCUUCAAAUAACCACUUUUUAUGAGGAAAACUUAGUAUGAAAUUUACACAUUAUUUAUUACCCAUCAUAUUAUAUAAAUGUGUAAUUAAGAUGUCUUUUUCUCUGAAACUAACCCAUUAUUGGUCAAAACCUAUACCGUCUUAAAGGGCCCAGCCUCUGACAAAUCAUGGGGAAAUUGAUUCAAUACGAAAUUUGCAAAAGGCCAAUUGACUUGCAUAAUAUAAUCUGUCCGUCAUGAGCGCCCGUCGAACUAAUGCGAUAAAAGUUCGUACAGCACGAAUUUGACCGAACUCUUGAUGGUUAUUUACUUCGGAUCAUCGCAGUUCCAGUUUCCAACAAUCCCAAUUCCUAUAUAGACUCAUAGCAUGUCUCUUGAUUGUUAAACCAAAAUAAAUAACCUCUGUGAAGUAACAUGUUUCAAAAGUGAAAACACGCAGUUUACUUCUGGUUGGUUAGUCUACUAACUAAUUGCUCUCCUAUAGACCUCCCAGACAUGCCGGCGUCUAUCACAUAACACCCCCAGGCAUGCGGCCGAGUGAGACUUGAAUCCCUUCUCUGUUCCGAGAAUUGCCUUGAUUUCCCCAUGAUUUGUCAAUUAAAGGUCGCUUUAAAUCAUAUGAAUGAUUGCUGGACUUUCUUCUCAUGAAAUCAACAAUGUCUCAUUUUUUUUCUCGGGACAGAUUUAUAAAUAGUUGUAUGUAUCAUUAAAAAUAUAAUUUCCUCUUUAUAAAUGACCAAUAAUUUCUACUAAUAUAAGGCAUGUUAAUUAUGUUUAAGUAAUAUAUAUAUAUGUUAAAGUAUAUAUAAAAGACUUUUGUGAGAAUUUUUUGAUAAAGUAGCGAGUCUGAAGCAGCAAUAUUGACAGUCGGAAUAUAAAUUAUAUUUUAAAUAACAAUUUCUAAAUUUCCAAUCAUAUUUUGUAUAAAACUCAACUCUUUUUUUUCUUGCUGUAUUUUUUUGGAAUUCGUAAUAAAUUGAUCUAAUGUAGAUCACAUGGUAUGUAAAUAA